UGCCGAACCCACCCUGGCUGCCGCCGCUGCCGCUCUAUGGUCUCUCCCUAGAGCUUUGCCAUUGAGGGUAUUCACUGUGGUCCUGCGGGUUGGCCUGCUGCGCGUGGCAGUGACAUGGAAGAAUUCGACUCCGAAGACUUUUCCACCUCGGAGGAAGACGAGGACUACGUGCCGUCAGGUGGAGAGUAUAGUGAAGAUGAUGUAAAUGAAUUAGUGAAGGAAGAUGAAGUGGAUGGUGAAGAGCAGACACAGAAAACCAAAGGGAAAAAAAGAAAGGCUCAGAGCAUUCCGGCCAGGAAGAGAAAACAUAGUGGCCUCUCAUUAGAAGGAGAGGAAGAGGAGGAUGCCACAGCGGAAUCCGGAGGAAGCAGCAGUGAGGAGGAAGAUGCAGUUGCAGAGCAGGAAAAGGGCAUCGGGUCAGAGGAUGCAAGAAAAAAGAAGGAGGAUGAACUCUGGGCCAGCUUUCUCAAUGAUGUAGGACCAAAAUCAAAAGUGCCCCCAAGUACACAAGUUAAGAGAGGAGAGGAGACUGAAGAGACAACUUCAAGUAAAUUGUUGGUCAAAGCAGAAGAGCCAGAGAAGCCUAAAGAAACAGAAAAGGUCAAAAUCACCAAGGUGUUUGAUUUUGCUGGUGAAGAAGUCAGGGUGGCUAAGGAAGUGGAUGCUACAUCUAAAGAAGCCAAAUCCUUCUUUAAGCAAAGUGAGAAAGAGAAACCACAGGCAAAUGCCCCUUCAGCUCUGCCUUCACUCCCUGCAGGGUCAGGGUUAAAGAGAUCAAGUGGUAUGAGCAGCCUUCUGGGGAAAAUUGGAGCCAAGAAGCAGAAAAUGAGUACCUUAGAGAAGUCCAAAUUAGACUGGGAGAGCUUCAAGGAGGAAGAAGGGAUUGGAGAAGAACUGGCCAUCCAUAAUCGAGGAAAAGAAGGGUACAUUGAACGGAAAGCUUUUCUAGACCGAGUGGAUCACAGGCAGUUUGAAAUUGAGCGAGAUCUCAGGCUGAGCAAAAUGAAGCCCUGAUGUUCUGAGGGAAAAUCAAUAUCAGCUUAAUCCUGUUUACAAUGUCCUGUAUGCCAUCUCUAGAUCUGGUAAGUCUUCUCCCAGCAGGUUUGUUGUACACACCUGACCUCCACUCCAUGACUCUUUACACAUCUGUCUUUUGAAAAGCCCCUGGAGUUCCUUCUUUUGAAAGAAUCUGGCAGCUUAUCAAGGAUACACAGCUAUUUGCACCAUUCCUGUUGCAGAUCCCCUCCUUCCCAACUUCCUAGAUGCCUGCUUUGGUAUGCCCAGACUCUCAUAUUUUAAACUGUUUGUUUGCCUUCACUUCAACUGUCUCCCUUUUGAUCUAAGUGUAACCUCUUUAAGAACCACCUGUACUGAACUAACGUCAUCUCUUUGAUGAAGCAGCUGUCUACAGCUGAUGUAUUUGUAUGAGUAUGUAUGUACACACAUGUAUCAUCUUACAAUGAGACUUUCAAAAACAACUUCAAAGCAGACUUUUAUGUCUCAUUGGCCAUAACUGGGUCACGUGAACACCCGUAGCUGCAAGAGAAGCUGGAAAAGUGAGUGUUUAGCACUUCCGGCCUCUGCUGUGGAAGACAAGCAAGAAGAAGGGGGAUGGGAAUGAGUGAUGGGUCAGCAGCCACAUUCAGUCUUUGUAAUAAACCAGGCUUUGCUCCAUUUGGUCUUUAAAAUUAUUCCAGAGGAGUGGGUGGAGGGUAGAGUGCCGUGGUUGCAGAAUGAAGUGUUCCUCCUGUGCUAGCCAGCACUCACAGGCAGAGGGUUAAACAGGUGUAAGAGAGAGUGCAAGGAACUGAUGCGGUUGCCAAGGAGCAGGCCAGCGCAGUUCAGUGACAGGGCAAACUGGAGGGCAAGGAGGGCAUCCACGGAGGUGCCUGAAUACGCAUGGGCCAUUCCUAGACCUUGCUCUUGAUCAUCUGUGGCAGGACCUGCCUUCCCAGCCAGCACUGCCACCUCUUCUUACCUCAUUCUCAAAGGACAGUAAGCUGCCUCCACAAAUGCCUAGCUUUUUUGGGUGAGGCCAUGCUGGGUGGUGGUGCUGAUGGAGGUGUGUUAUCUUUAAUCAAGAGGCACCUUUUCCAUGAAAGUCUUGUUUGAACCAUGGCAGACACUCUCUAGCCCACAUUUUUUUUUUUUUUUUAAACUGUGGUUUAAGUGAAAGUUUAUAGUUCAAGUCAGAU